UGGUACGGUAAAAAUAUAACUUGUCUUCUUGUUGUUUGUUACGGUGUCGCGUCUAAUAUUGACAUAGUGUAUGAAUUUAAUCCGGAUACAAUUAUGGAGGAAACACAAACGAGGCGACAUUUCUUCCUCACCGGGAAAACCUUCAGUGGUUGAGUCUCUACGGUUCUCAUCGCGUGUAUAAGGACAGCCCACUGGCGCACCGAGGACAACUUUUUGAUCCGACCCUCGAAUCAUACCAACCGAAGAAGAUGGCUGAACUUGCUCCUGCUGCUGCCCCCGCUGCUGCUGCUGCCGCCCCGGCGAAAGCAACGAAGAAGAAGACGGUGGUGAAGGCUAAGAAGGCCGGACCCAGCGUGAGCGAGCUGAUCGUCAAGGCGGUCACUGCUUCCAAAGAGCGCAGCGGAGUUUCCGUGCACUCUCUGAAGAAGGCUCUGGCCGCCGACGGCUACGACGUUGACAAGAACAACUCCCGCGUCAACACCACCAUCAAAGCACUCGUCAAGAAAGAAAUCCUGGUCCAGACCAAGGGCGCCGGUGCAUCUGGGUCUUUCAAGCUGAACAAGGAGGCCAAGGCGAAGAAGCCAGCACCCAAAAAGGCUGCCGCCCCAAAAGCUAAGAAGCCCGCUGCAAAGAAGCCCGUUGCAAAGAAACCCGCCGCCGUAAAGAAGGCUACACCGAAGAAGAGCAAGAAACCCGCAGCCAAGAAGGCUGCUGCCGCAAAGCCCGCUGCCGCUAAGAAAGCAACUCCGAAAAAGGCGAAGAAGCCAGUCGCAGCUAAGAAGUUGGUGGUGAAGACGACCCCCAAGAAGGCAGCGAAGAGCCCCAAAAAGGCUGCCAAACCCGCCAAGAAGACGCCAGUGAAGAAGGUGACCAAACCCAAAACCGCUAAAAAGGCAGCCCCAAAGAAGAAGUAGAUGUUCCCGCAUGGGUUAUGUUGAACCCCAGCCCCACAAAGGCUCUUUUAAGAGCCAACCACACAACUUUAAGAGCCUUUAUUCUUGUUAAUUCUAAGCCGUUUGUUAUAUGCUGUUCAUCUAAUGCACUACCUCAUGAAUCGACCUUAUCUUCUGUUAUGGGUUGUAGUGUAUCUACUUCAGAUCCAAUAUGUUACUUUAUUGGUAUUUUUCGAUACUUAAUAGCCUACAUAAUUCAUGUAUGAUAGCUGCCAACUGCUUACUUUGUAACAAAACACGUAGUUAUACUGCAUAAUUAAUAUUAAUAUAGUCGUUCUUAUUCGAAAAGUAAAACGCGGGGAUGGCACAGGUCGUUUAUUUUAUGCCGCAGUCCCACGUUUUGACAAAAGGAGACUCGCUGAGUGGUAACGUGGUUCAACACCAACACCAUCUCGUCGUCAUAGCAGGAGUUGACAUCUCGUGAUGGAGAUUUAUACAACCGUACAUUUAUAGCCUACUAUCCCUACAUACAGGUCCGUCUCAACAUUUGAAUAUUGUGGAAAGUUCAUUAAAUUCAAUUUAGUGAAGUUCGUCAUAGACCUAUUGCAUUCAAAGUGAUUUUCCGACCUCACGUUUGCAUUAUAGGCCUACUACUGACGCACCCAUGUUUAAAAACUCAUUCAGAAAAAUCGAUUGCUAAUCCCAACAGGAUGGCAACAGUAGCAACUAAUGCUAAACUCCAUAUAGAGAAACGUUGCAUAUCUGGUUGAUACAGUGACAAAUUGUUUGGUAAGGAUAAACUCUUGGAAUGUAUUGGGUGGUCCUUAAAAGGACCGUUUGUUUGGAUCAAGUGUCUACUUGGAGCUGGUGUACUUGGUCACAGCCUUGGUGCCCUCAGACACGGCGUGCUUGGCCAGCUCACCGGGGAGCAGCAGGCGGACGGCGGUCUGGAUCUCCCUGGAGGUGAUGGUGGAGCGCUUGUUGUAGUGAGCCAGACGAGAGGCCUCACCGGCGAUGCGCUCAAAGAUGUCAUUGACGAAGGAGUUCAUGAUUCCCAUCGCCUUGGAGGAGAUGCCGGUGUCGGGGUGGACCUGCUUCAGCACCUUGUACACGUAGAUGGCAUAGCUCUCCUUCCUGGUCUUUCGGCGCUUCUUGCCGCCCUUGACAGCGGUCUUAGAAACGGCUUUCUUGGAGCCCUUCUUGGGCGCGGGUUUAGCAACGUCAGCAGGCAUGAUGUCUGUCUGUUGGUCGGACCUGCGACCUGCUGGCGUACUUAUCCGAGGCGUAUGCAGAUCAACAAGGGGCCGUCCAUUUGUGUGAUUGGCUAGAAUACAGAUCCUUUGUAUCCUGUCGGUUGGGAUGCAUAUUCGUUCAACAAUAGUAGUAAAGAUUCACUAUAUACAUAAACCCCUUAAAACCAUACAUAUUGAAUGGUACAUUAAACUAGAUGAAUCCUAUCCUCAAAAAAAAAAAAGCUUAACUUUUGAUUUCCACCUCUUAGAAACGUUCCUUUUGAAUCGUAAGGACUUUAGCGAUCCUACUGACUGUGUGGAUAUUCACAUAGGCUACGGAAUUGAAGGCGGUGCGUCUUUCCUUUUUAAAUUUGGAAAAAGGCGUAAGAUAAAUAAAUGUAACGCAAAAGUCCGUCAAAGUAUUAUUUACAUCCAGAUUAUACAAAAAGCUCCUUAUGUAUGAUAAGGACAACAUGCAUAACAUAGUAGGCUAAAUGUCAGUCAGUUGAAGAGCGCGGGGUCUUUUGGAAAUAUAGCAUUACUGCCUUUGAAUUGAAGUUUGUUGUAGAUCGAGUAGGCCUACAUUUAGAUCAUUUGCCUUCGUUAAAUGAUAUACGACUUAUUAAAAUGAAGGCUCAUGAAACUGACUGUUGCGUUCGACGACAAGUCGCGUCAUUUGUAAGUGCGACUUUACAAGUUCUUAUCAUAUGAUAUAGGCCUACAAGCACACUAGUCGGAAGCUUCUCAAAUUAAUUUGGGCGGCUCUUAAAAGAGCCUUUGGGUUUAUAGUUGGUUGAGGCACUGGUUUAACCGCCGAAGCCGUACAGGGUACGUCCCUGCCUCUUCAGGGCAUAGACAACAUCCAUGGCAGUGACGGUCUUCCUCUUGGCGUGCUCGGUGUAGGUGACGGCAUCACGGAUCACGUUCUCCAGGAACACCUUGAGGACACCGCGGGUCUCCUCGUAGAUGAGGCCGGAGAUACGCUUCACACCGCCACGACGAGCCAGACGGCGGAUGGCGGGCUUGGUGAUUCCCUGGAUGUUAUCACGGAGAACUUUACGGUGGCGCUUGGCGCCUCCUUUUCCGAGUCCCUUUCCUCCCUUGCCGCGUCCAGACAUUUUGAUGCAGAAUGAUAACGUAACAGACAAAAUCUUGCUUCUUGUAGGGACAGCUCCGGGGGAGGGGCCAAAAGAAGGCGGAGUUGACAAAGCGAGGAGGAGGGGGAGAAGGAGGGGACAAAGGGAGAGGGAGGGGACUCGGCUUGCCUCCGGGUCCUAUCCGAAUAGGACGAUGUCCAUCUUCAACGUAGAAGACUAUACAAUUAUGUCUUGUGAAUGGUCGAUGACAAAUAUGAAGGUGUAUUACCGCCGUGCAGCUAGAUUGUGGGAAACAACUAAUCAAUUAAAUAUAUAUUUAUUAAACCUGUUAAUUUGAAGAACUUAAA